UGUGGACCAAAUCCACAUUCGCCGCGCUGUGUAUUCUGGGAACACGCACUAGUUUCAAGAUGGCGGCGAGCAGGAGGCUGGCCAAGGAACUUGACGAGAUUCGCAGGUCUGGAAUGAAGAACUUCAGAAACAUUCAAGUUGAGGAAUCAAACCUAUUGUCAUGGCAAGGGCUCAUUGUUCCUGACAACCCCCCUUAUGACAAAGGUGCAUUCAGGAUCGAAAUCAUUUUCCCCACUGAGUACCCAUUCAAGCCUCCCAAGAUCACGUUCAAGACAAAAAUCUAUCACCCCAACAUUGAUGAGAAGGGCCAGGUGUGCUUGCCUGUAAUCAGUGCUGAGAACUGGAAGCCUGCCACCAAAACUGACCAAGUAAUUCAGUCCCUCAUUGCACUGGUGAACGACCCCCAGCCGGAGCAUCCCCUGAGGGCAGACCUAGCAGAAGAAUACUCAAAGGACCGUAAAAAAUUCUUGAAGAACGCUGAAGAGUUUACAAAGAAACAUGGUGAAAAGCGGCCAAUGGACUGAUCACCUGAUGAGUGUGGAGCCCUCUGUCUCUCUCUUUCUUCCCCUCUUCUUUAAUCUCUCUGCCCAAAUACCUAUCUUGCUCCCGCCUCUCUGCUCUCCCCCACACCUCACCUUCGCUCACUCUCCUUACCCCUUCGCUCCCAAAUCGCACCUCCCUGCAGCCCAGGAGCCGCCUAGCUAAAGCUAGGCAGCGGCAGCCUAUGCCGCCCUCCCCAUCCAGGACUCUCUGUGGAUCAGACAGCUUCCUCCCCCUCCUCUUCCUCCUCCUUCUCAGCCAUAAACAUCCAGACCAUUUCUAACUUUCUACUCUUUUCUUAAAGUGAAAAAUGGAAAAAGAAAUGCUAAGGGAACAUGAUGUUCAGAUGAAAUGUUAGAUGGAAAUACUCGGAGUAACGUGAUCAUUUUCUGUAGGAUUUUCCUCUAUAUAAACAACUAUUGUGUUAAAUAGAUUUCACAUAGACAUGGUUUUUCUGAGGUAUUUUAUUUUUUUCUGAGCAGGAAAAGUGGUUGAUUACUCAAUUUCUUUUACCCUUUCAUCAGUAAUCUUAACUAAAAACAAACAUGACUGAAAGAAGAGAAGCUGCAGCUUGGACUGGGAGCUAUGUGCUGACUGAUGUGUUUCCUUUACAUCACCUCCUUCUAGACUUGCACUGCACUCUGUGGAACAAUCCAUCUUGCAUCUUCCUCCCCAUGGUUUGUAACCCACUGAGCAGAAACAUACAAUAACAAGCCAUAUAUGAAUUGAAUUGUUAUUGCUAAAAAAGCUACAGAAGAUUCUUGAGUGUUAAAAUAGAAACAAUUGGUUCGUAGGUAUCAUCAGCAGGCCCUCAAAUACAAGCUGCAUGAUACUAUCUACACAUUUUCUCAAUAUACUUUGAUGAUGUUUUGCAACCUAGAUCGUUUGCACUCAGACCCUGCUGUUAAAACUGUUUUCUGCAUCACAAAUGGCUACUGUGAGUUUCUUUUACUAAUUUUUAUUAUUUUCUUUCUCCAACUUAACUUGUUUUGAUUGGCACUUGAUACAUUAAAUUGGUGGAAAUGUGGGAAGAA